AUGGGCUACAACCUCACGGCGGAGAUGUUCAGCGAGUGGGCGAUCGGGCUGGUGGUCAUCGCCGUCCGCGUCUAUGCCCGCUUCUCGGUGGACCGAAGGCAUUUCCACUGGGAUGAUCUGUGCCUCUUGCUCGCGACGAUCUUCUGGACCUUGCUGGUGGUCUUCCUCUACAUGUGCACCAGUGUCUACGGCAGCAACAUUGGGCUCAAUGAAACCACGGCAGCCGAGGUGCCCGACGACGAGGUGGCGGAUCUCAGGCAAGGCUCGAUCUACGCAUUCCUCGCCUGGCUCUCCUACAUCUUCAUGGCGUGGGCGUUCAAGGGGGUACUGGUCUUUCUCUACAACCGACUCACGAUGGGUCUUUGGCAGCAUCGACUGGCCAUGGGAGUCGGCAUCGCCUGUAUUGGCACCUUCCUCGUCUCACUGCUUUUCGACCUCUUGAUCUGCAGACCCAUCACGAGAAACUGGCAAGUCAAGCCGUAUGCGGGAGAUAAUUGCACCAUCCGCCCGUUGAACUAUAUCGUGAUUGAGGUUUUGAGCAUCACGACCGAUCUGGCCAUCAUGUGUGUUCCCAUCCCCCUCAUCCUCAUCGCCAAAAUCCCCCGAUCCCAGAAGUGGAUUCUGUGCGGACUGUUCUCCUCCGGCAUCUUCGUCAUGGUGGCCGCUGCCCUGCGCGCCUACUACUCGGUCAAGGACAUCAACACCCUCUCCACGGCCCUGGGCUGGGCAUCGCGACAGGCCUUCGUCUCCGCCAUCAUUGUGUCCGCCCCUGGAAUCAAGCCACUCUUUUCCCGCCUCUCGUGGUUUGCGUCUUACAACUACAACUCCUCCGGUGGAUAUGGCAAAAGAGACAAGACCCAAACCACCCUCUACAACUCGAAAGGCGGACGGGAUAUCACGGUCAUUAGUGCGUGCGACCCUCAGCCGCAUGAGCUUUCAUAUAUGGGUUGGAGGAAGCGGGCGAGGAAUUCGUCGGGUGCCAGCCAGGAACAGAUCAUGGAUAUGCUCUCGCCCACGCAGGGCAACAGUCUGGACCUCGAGAGCAAUAUGGGGAUUGUGAUCACGACGGACGUUGCGGUCGCACAUGAGGAUAUCCAAGGGCCCACCGCGCUACCAAUGCAUCAUUGA